AAAGCACAAUCUGGGUAAUGGCUCGUGAAGAUAACAAGCCUUAAUUAAAGCUCGAACUAGUUAAUAUCAUAUCAUGUACACAACAGUUUAAGUGAUCAUAGUAGCUUAACUGACUCGUCUGACACGCCAGUACUGUACAGUGUUUGGUUUAGAAUCACCCAUAAUUAUUAGGUCAAUACUCGCUAGAGGGUGCACCCUAUUCCAUCUACAUAUGAAUGGGCUGUUUUAUAUUCUGAUACUGGGCGGUAGCUAGGGUCAAGCAGCUCCCAGUAGCCCACAAGAAUGAAAGGAGAUGCUCUCUGUUAUCAGCGUUUAUGUGAGAUCUAAUGGACUCCAACAGUGAAGAUGGGGAGAACCACAAUCUUGGCCACGCAGCAGAAUACAAAGUGAGCUAUGCUCAUGGCAGAAACACAAAAGAGGCAAAUUAUGAUAAACAUGAAGAGUUCAACAAAAAAAGGCAUCCGGUUAGUCAUUCUGGCAACAACCCAGGCAGAGUGAAGCGGGUGGUGUCAUGUAAGAGGAAGACCCAUCAUCUGACAGUGGCUCGGAGGAAGCAGCUUGGAUCUGGGAGGACUUGUGAUGCAGCAAACAAGGAAAAUGAGAGGAAAUACUUGCAAGACACACAGCAGGAAAAAUUCUUUUUAGACCCAUUGGAGUUCUCACUAAAUGUCAGUAAUAGCCACAAGGCCGAUAGAACUGGUUCUGAGCAGGCAGAUUACAAUAUUCUCUCUGAGCUCACAAAGGAUCAUAACACAAUGACUGAUGUGCUGUUUGAAAGAAAUCUGAGACUAAAGGUUGCUUUAACACUGUGGCGGAGAAAUGUCGGAGAGCUUUUGACAUAUUUUCUGAGAAUCCAAGACACUGGUGUAGUUGUGGAUUUUCUUCCCUUGAUGUGCAAAUGCAUUGAUGAGGACUCACCCAGGAUAACCAUUGGCUGUUGUGUUGACCUCUUUCCUUUAGUUAGGAAAGUCCUCAGCAGUCCCUAUGAGGAGUAUAUUAUUAUUGGUGUGAAGUGGAUAUAUUCAGUUUUAAAAAACUGGUGGGAGGAGCUACGAGCGAGCGGCUGCAGCAGAUCAACCCAACCUCUGUUGGAUGAAAAUUUCCAAGUUUUUAAUCAGCAGUUGUGGGAGCUAUGGCACCAGGAACAUAUCUUGAAAUCUGUCCCAGUAUCUGCAGGAGACAUGGCCAAGGUUGUUGAUUCCUUCCUGCUUCAACUUGACUGACAGCAGCAAAGAUUCAGACAUCCUCCAAUAACAUUAAGACUCUUUAGUAGAAACCAAAUGCAGCUGCUAUUCUUACUAGUCAAGAUUUUUAGACUGUACUGUGGCAUCAUGUACUGUAUCCGUGGAUCUCCUGACAACUUGAGCUGUAUCUGUGCUCCAUUAAAAAUAAAUUACCAUAACAUUUG